GACCACCUGAUCUGGUCGGUGUUCAGCACCCUCUACCUGAACCUCUGCUGCCUGGGCUUCCUGGCGCUGGCCCACUCCAUCAAGGCCCGAGACCAGAAGGUAGCUGGAGACCUGGAGGAGGCCCGGCGUCUGGGCUCCAAAGCCAAGUGCUACAACAUCCUGGCCACCAUGUGGGCCUUGGUGCCGCCUCUGCUGCUCUUGGCGCUGGUGGUGACCGGUGCCCUGCACCUGUCCCGGCUGGCCAAGGACUCCGCCGCCUUCUUCAGCACCAAGUUUGAUGACCAAGACUAUGACUGACAGGCUGGGCCCUAUCCCUGGUCUGACCCAGAGACCCGGGCCACAGGACACCAACCCCCAGGGCGCUGCCCCAGGGGCUGCACCUGAACCUCCUGGAACCCGACUCUACUAUAGGGCCUGAUGCCCACUCCCAGCUCCAGGCCAGGAGCCUAAUGCUGACCCCGAAGAUCCCCUUUUUGGACCCCAGGGGCCUCACCCUAACCCUGAUGGUCCCUCAUCCCCUAACUCCCUGCCCAAGCCAGACCCUCCCUCCCCACUUACCAGGCUCAGCCUGGGUUCACAAUUAAAAGUGCCUGGUUCCAGAAGGUUCCAUUUGGGCCUAGUUCCUGGCCAGGGUGGGGGAGGUUAUCUUCCUGAGGGGAGCCAAUCUAGGAACACCCACAGCCAAACUCCCUGGAUGGACCCCAGUAUCAAAUGGUCAGCCCAUUUAGAAUGUUCUGUUUUUGGCUGUGGUCUCCGCCUGUCCCCUUGGGCACUGGGUGGCCUGCGGCUUCUGGGCGGAGGCGCCUGAGUAUUUUAGAAUCGAGUUUGGGAACGCAAACUUUUCAUCUCUGCUGCCCUGCUGGGUGCUGUGGUUUAGUGGCCUGCCUUCCAGAGCACGAAUGGUUUGUCUCCCGAGUCCAUG